UCCUUUUUUACUCAACUGUUUGCCCAGAAUAGGAAGAGCAUCGAAUUCACAGUGGUUUGAUAUAUCAAGCUUACGCCGAAGCAAUCAUUAUUAGAACUUAGGUGUUGAAAUGGCAAGAAAGGAUCGAAAUUCGGAAAAGGAGCGAGGCCAAACUGAAGGCUUUCCUGAAGAAAAGGUGGUCCUUCGCAAGGAGGUGUCCCUGAUCGACUGCGUGGCCUUGACGGCUGGGACCAUCGUAGGGUCUGGAAUUUUCAUAUCUCCGAAAGGUGUUUUGCAGUACUCUGGUCAGAGCGUUGGCAUGUCUUUGUUAAUCUGGGUGAUCUGUGGCAUUCUCUCUGUCAUGGGGGCACUCAGCUACGCGGAGCUUGGAACCACUUUCAUCAAGUCCGGCGGUGACUUUACUUUCCUCAACGAGGGAUUCACGCCUUUGCUCGGAUUCCUUCGGCUCUGGACAUCGAUGCUUGCCGUCAGGACCGGAGCUUGGACUGUGCUCUCAAUCACGUCCGCUAAGUACAUGCUGGCGCCAUUCUUUUACGGAUGCAAGGAUCCACCCAUCAUCGUCGAGAGGCUCCUUGCAGCAUGUGUGUUGAGUGUUGUCUUCUACGUGAACUGUGCUAGUGUUACAUGGAGUAGACGUGUUCAGGUUGUCUUCAGUGUUACUAAGUAUACAGCCUUGUUCCUCAUCAUUAUCUCUGGUCUUGUAAUCAUUUUCCAAGGUCACACGGAAAACUUUUCGAACGCGUUUUCAAGUUCUGAAGAUGCCGAUUUUACCAAGCUACCUCUUGCCAUCUAUUCAUCUCUCUUCGCAUAUGCUGGCUGGCAAUAUCUCCCCCAGAUUACAGAGGAAAUAAAGAACCCUGCUCGGAUCCUUCCUAUAGGGAUGGUCAUCUCUAUGUUAAUUGUAUCAACGGUCUAUAUCCUUACCAACGUGGCUUACUUCGCUGUCCUCACACCUUCAGAGAUUCUCUCAUCAAAUGCAGUCGCAGUGGACUUUGCUCAACGUGUCCUUGGUUCGUUCUGGUGGCUUGUACCGAUUGGGGUGUCCAUCUCCUGUAUCGGAUCGAUCAAUGGCGGGCUAUUUUCUUCUUCCAGAAUGUUGUUCGUGGCAUCUCGCGAGGGACAUCUGCCUAAGAUCGCGGCCAUGAUACACAUCAAGCGUUACUCCCCGCUUCCGGCGGCUGCUGUCAUGCUUCCAAUAUGUCUCCUGAUGCUGACCAGUGACAACGUCUACGCCCUUCUCAACUUCUUGAGUUUCUCCCGAUGGGCUUUCAUUGCUCUAUCAGUGGCCAUCAUACCGUAUCACAGAUGGAAGCACCCAGAUCACCAUCGAUCCUUCACGAUACCUGUCCUCGUACCAGUUCUCUUCUCGUUUUGCGCUCUCUUUGUGGUUGUUAUGUCCCUCUACUCGGCACCUUUCGAUUGUGGUGUUGGCUUGGCCAUUACCAUUGCUGGUAUUCCCAUCUACCUGUUAGGGGUUCGUUGGCAGAACAAACCUGAUUGGAUGAUUCACAGCUCAAGAAAGUCAACCGUCUUUCUGCAAAAGCUUCUCUUCGUCAUCCCACAGGAAGAAAAAACAUGCUGAAGAUCUAGAAUGAACAUGAGGAACACUGUAAUCUCGCUGUAAAGGGUUAGGCAUAUUGCUUUAUUGCAGAGGUUCUGUGGUAAAAAUGGGAAAUAAUAUAAUCGGAUGGAAUCAUUAGUAUUCUAAUUGAACUGAAUCUACAAGAAUACACAGUCAAACAAAAGGAUUACGUAAUGAAUACACGAAAAUGACAGGUUUGGGGCCCCUAUAGAAUAAUAAAUUGGUUGUUAUAUAGCGCAUAAUCAAUGGAAAUUGCUCUAUGCGCUUAGU